UCUGAGACGACUGCAGUCCUUCAUAAACAGUCUGCAGUGUUCUGCUCUGGUGAGAUUAGGUUUAUUCUCAGUUUAUGGAGAAAUCUGUCUCAAUUUUAUAACUUUGUAAGGAAGUGAUUACUAACUGGACCUACAACGGUAGUGUUUAAUUUUUAUCAAAGUGAAACUCUGAGUGUUCAGACUGGAGAGAACAACAGCAGCAGUGGCUUCUAAAUUUUCAGAGGAGGAUUUCUCCUGUCCUGUGUGCUGUGAAAUCUUCAAGGAUCCUGUUUUACUGCAUUGCAGUCACAGUGUGUGUAAAGUGUGUUUGCAGAAGUUCUGGGAGGCCAAAGGAUCCAGAGAAUGUCCUGUAUGUAGGAGGAAGUCAUCUCUACAACACCCACCCAUUAAUCUGGCCUUAAAGAACCUGUGUGAGACUUUCUUACAGGAGAGAAAUCAGAGCUCUUCAUCAGGGUCUGAAACAGUCUGCAGUCUGCACAGUGAGAAACUCAAACUCUUCUGUCUGGACCAUCAACAGCUGGUGUGUGUGGUGUGUCGUCACUCAAGAAAACACAUCAACCACUAUAUCUGCAACCCUCUACAAUGCGAGAGGAGAUCAAAACUGCACUGAAGCCCCUACAGGAGAAACUGAAGAUCUUUAAAGACUGUAAACUGAACUGGAGUCAGACUGCAGAACAUAUAAAGAUUCAGGCCCAACACACAGAGCAUCAGAUUAAGGAGCAGUUUGAGAAGCUUCACCAGUUUCUACGAGAUGAAGAGGCAGUCAGGAUCACUGCACUGAGAGAGGAAGAGGAGCAGAAGAGUCAGAUGAUGAAGGAGAAGAUUGAGAAGCUGAGCAGAGACAUAUCUCUUUCAGACACAAUCAGAGCCAUAGAAGAGGAGAUGAGAGCUGAAGACAUCCUGUUCUUACAAAACUACAAGGCCACAGUGAAAAGAGCCCAGUGCACACUGCAGCAUCCAGAGGAGCUUUCAGGAGCACUGAUCCAUGUGGCAAAACAUCUGGCCAACCUGAAGUUCAGAGUCUGGGAGAAGAUGCAGGACACUGUCCAAUAUACACCUGUAACUCUGGACCCCAACACUGUUUCUCGUUAUCUCAUUGUAUCUGAUGAUCUGACCAGUGUGAGACGCAGUGAUGAGGAACAGAAACUUCCUGAUAAUCCAGAGAAAUUUGAUGAAUAUCGGUGUAUCCUGGGUUCUGAGGGCUUUAACUCAGGGACACACUGCUGGGAUGUUGAAGUUGGAGACUGUACAUUCUGGUUAGUGGGUGUGAUGACAGAAUCUGGAAGGGGAAGAUAAUCUCUAGAAGUGGAAUCUGGUGUGUGGGUGUCGAGAGAAGAGCCAGGAGAAGCAGGUUAGGAACACAACAGAUAGGGUUUAUUAUCCCACAGGCAUAAAUAUAACUGAACUGAAAAAGCUAGAACUACUCCGGAAGAUGCGCUCUUAAAGAAACUCGGGAGGCCUACAACAGAGCACAUCAGACACACACCACUCAAAGACACUAACUGAUACUCGCCGCUGUCUCUGGCGAGCACUGCACUUAAAUAGUCUUAAUGUUAAUUAUCUGCAGGUGCAUCGGCAGCACUCAGGUGACUAGGGCGAGGUGACGUCACUGGUCCUGCUGAUCCGUGACAGUGGGGUAUUAUGAUGGUAAAUAUAGAGCAGGUUCUACACCACAUAAAGACACUCUCCUCUCAGUAGAGCAGAAACUCCAGAGGAUCAGAGUGAAACUGGACUGGGACAGAGGAAAGCUGUCAUUCUCUGACCCUCUUACUAACACACACAUACACACUUUCACACACACAUUUACUGACAAAUUACUGCCAUUUCUGUAUGUUUCUGGUAAAGAAUCUCCUCUAAAGAUCCUGCCACUUCAGUGCUCUGUAAGAGUGAAUCAGAUCAGUUAGAGCUGAUAUUGUUUUAUUCCAGAUCAUUCAUGAAAUAUUGCAGAUUAAAAGAUUCAUAUUCUUUGUGAGAGUUUGUUUUUACAGAAGCACUGAACAGUUCAUUGUGAAAAGUUUAUUGAAGUGCUGUGAUGUUAUUUCAGCUCACCUUGUCAAUGAAAUCAAAAUAAUGUGAAAACUGGAAAUAUUGAUAGAAUAUCUUAUACUGAUUACUAAAAAUUAUAUGUAGAAUCUUAAUAUAUUCUGAAAUUUCAGGUUAUUAAAUGAUAUAAAAGUUGAUUUUAAGUUAAAAUAAUGAUCUACUCUGUUGAAAUGAAGAGUUAUUAAAUCAGGAUAAUGUGAUAUUAAGUUUAAAUUACUACAUAGAACCUUUUCCUCCACAGCUUUCAGUUCAGGGCUUCAACACAAAUAAACCACAGGAGGAAAUUAAAAUAAUAAGUCUGUUUUAAAUGUAGAAUUUGAAAUCUGAAAUAGAUGAUUUAAUUUUAUUGAUGUAUUUAUUAAAUCAUUUGAAAUAAACUGAGACUU